CUGGGGCCAGCGCCAAGUGGCAGUCAGCGGUUACAUCUCAAGCUUUGCAGUCGCCUCUCUCUAGCCAACCACAUCUCUCUCUCUCGAUACGGAUUCAAUCAGCGUCUUAAUCUUGGCCAAAUACAGAGCACUCCUUGGCCAAGCAACUGUUUGUACUGGCCUAUAGUUUCGUGUGUUUAAUUUUUGGACAACACGUUGCGUGUCUGCCAGCAGAUUGGCGUGAAAGUGGUUCAUUGCCCGGCGCCAAAGUGCCAAUUGUAGCAGAUAUAAUUAAGGAUAACGCGUUACCAGCCACCUGUUCGAGAGCCAGGCACUAAUUGGCCACAGAUCACAAAGUCUGAGCCAUCAUUAACAAAAAUGUUUCUCACAAAGAGUUCAAGUGCGAGGCACUCAAUGUUGAUGCUGCUGCUGGCCCUCUGCUGCCUGAGCAGCGCUUUUAGCGCCAAGAUAACAAAAAAGGUCGAAAAACCCACCGCGACGGGAGACAAAGUGGAGGCAGCUGGUGCAGCCCCAGCAGCCAGCGAGGAGGAAGAAACUGAUGAGGCGGAAAGCGACAAAGACGACGACGACGACGACGACGAGAACGACAACGAGGAGGAUGAUGAUGAGGAGGCAGACAAAGAUGCAGCAGCAGCAACAGCUGUUGCAACAAGCAGCGGCAGCAAGAACCCCACUGCCGUUCAGGCGACCACAAAUCCCACAGAUCUCAGUGUCUGGGGCAUGGUGCGCACACUGUGGAGCUGGCUGCGCAGCGAUCUGGGUGAAAGCCUGUUCGGAGAUGACGACGAUGAGAAGAAGCCGUCAGCGGACGCUGAAACCUCGGCCGUGGAGGGUCGUACAUUUGGCAAGAUUCGACGCCUGCAAAUGGCCCUGAUACCCAUCAUCUUUAAGUUUGGUGUACUGUCCGCCAUGGUUGCCUUUUUGGUGGCCAUUGGCAUGAAGUCGCUCUUCCUGCUGAAGGUUUUGGUUCUGAUGAAUGCCGUGGCCAUUUUGGGCAAGUUUAUAACGCUGAAAUCGACACUCUUUGGCCAGUAUGAGCACGCGGCGCCUACUUUCAACUAUCCUGGCUGGAAUCCACAUGCCAAGGAGUCGUGGGGAGGCACUGGUGUAAGUGGACCCGGUGGACCACAUGGACAUCCGCCCAGCAAGGAGAUUCAUCUGCACAUCCAUGGCAAUGCCCAGACGCAGGCACAGCUCGCCAGCCAGGGCUACAACUAUGAGACGCAGGGUGGCUGGGCCAGUCGCUCGGAUCCCUAUGGAGGAUAUGCCCCAACGGGACAGUUUGCAGGGGAGAGCCAGCAGCCCGCAGUUGCGACUCCUGACGCGAUGCCAAAGGAGACAGAUCCCAUGGCCCUGCUGCCGACCAAGUAUCGGGCGAGACAUUUGAUCCUCUGAGAGCUGCGCCUGCCCCUCUUGGGGAUCAGCCGACGACCACCGCUAAGAACGCACACACCACACACUUUUAGUCAGCGGACUUUACGAGAGGACGCAGCUUUACGUACACCUAAAACUAAUUUGUAAUUAAAUUAUUUGCCCCCCAAAGUAGCCUUAAAUAAAUAGCAUAAAAUAUACAACAAAA